AUGACGGGCAAUGCUGAAGUCUGGGCAAUCAAACGGAGAGUGAAAGAGGAACUGGUGAGGCGGGCAACGAAUAACCAUGGAAACGGCCUCAAGGGGAUGGCAGCCAUCGCUUCAGAAGUCGAAGGGAUACUAGAAGAGACGGGGAUGGGCGUUCGCUUGAAAAAUGUCAUCUACAACCUGCACAGAACCGCGCCGAAACAUGCUCUCUUUCCUUCACCUGGACUGUCCGCUUCAGAAACGUACGUCGCCGACAAGCUGGACUUUGUCGAACGAGCGAAGUUGAAGUGGGAGAAGAGAAUAAGACAAGAACUUGAUGCGAUGGCAGCGGAACUUGAUGUGCCCCUACAGAGAUUGCAUAAAGAUGAGCCACCAAAGUUACCCACCGACGAUCAAGCCAUCAGGUUUGUAUAUGACGACAACGACCUUCUCGACGUGUUGUCAAAUAUCGUCAAUCAGAAUAAUCAACCAAUGGGGAUCAAGAAUUCUAUCCCAGACUGGGGACUGAUCAAGGUGGAGCUUGAGGUCAAGGAUCUUGAUCAAACGCGUGAAGUCUUCAAGGAGCUCGACCCGUCAACGGGACGACAUCUUGGAGUGGAUGAUGAGCAACGUCCCCAGCUGCUGGAAGAGAGAGUGAAGGCCAUCAAGCGAGCUCUUGAGAUAGGAUACAUACCCAUGCUCAGACAUCUUGCCAAGAGAGGAAUACCGCAAGCUCUACGACCUGCCGUCUGGAAGACCAUUCUCAAUGUCUCGAUAGAAGAUCAAGAACAAGUCUAUAUCGAGCAGCUGCAAACGAGUCUUCGGCAGUGGGACCUUGUGACAGACGAACUCUUCAGACUGGAUGUGACCAUCACAUCCAAUGACGACGACUACUUCGUAUUCGAAGAGACUUUGUCAGAGACGAUGGCUCUAUUCUCUCGAGACUCUUGGCUUGUCAAAAAUGCUGCCGUUCGAUCGCAAGCCAACGAGAAGUUCUUGGAUGAGCAGCAGAGAGAGUCUGCGGUCUUCCCGCCAUGUGGCAUAGUCCCCUUUCGCGGCAUCGUCAUGUAUGCCACACCGCUGUGCUACCAAUACAUCAACACCACAGAGCUUUAUUACGUCUUCAGGAGCUUGUAUGCCCAGUACUGCUGCCGUUUGCAUACCGUGACCUCAGACACCGGAGACAUCAUGCAGCUGGCCAGACAAUUUGAGUCUCUCCUGCAGGAGACCAACACUCUACUCUACCAUCACAUCCUUAGCAAGGGUGUUCAUCCCCUCAAGCUGGCCUUCAACUGGAUUGUUUUCGUGUUUGCGGGUUACCUGGAUGUCGAUCAGGUGCUGACCGUCUGGGACCGCAUCCUUGCGUGGGACUCGCUGCUGCUGGUCCCUGUCAUAGCUGCAUCCAUCAUCUCUUUCCGCGAGAAGAGGCUGAUGGAGUGCAACACGCUGGAAGAGAUGCAAGACGUGCUGUCGGAUGGCAGCAAGCUCAAGGUCAUCCUGCUUCUCCAACUCUAUCUGUUCGGGGACACGGUUGCUCGAUUGCAGGAAGCACAGGGAGAAGGCAAGGGAAUUUGA